AUGAGAUUUUUAAAUGACUCGGAACGUUUGACAGACAAACAUUCCGAAAAUUACAUUUCUGAAGAAUACGCAUUACCAGACUCAGUUACUUACACGUUGUUAGGACUCCAUAUUGUCCUGGUAUGCACAAGUUUGAUAGCGAAUGCUAUCAUUCUGAUAUAUUUCCUCUCCAUCAAGAGAGCCAAAACGAAUGCAAACUACUACUUGGUGGCGUUGGCAGUUAGUGACAUUCUACUGACAGUAUGGUGUGAACCAUUCACAGUGUUUAGCAACUUGGUCAACUACCACUGGAUAUUUGGACAUUUCAUGUGUUCAAGUGUGAGCUAUAUCCAGACAGCUUGUGUUAUUCAGCGUUCCUUUACGCUUGUAGCGUCUUCAGUCGACAGAUACUUAGCAAUUCGCUGGCCAUUGAAGGAACAGGCGCCAUGUUUGGUCGUUGCUGGUAUUAUUGCCGCUAUCUGGAUUGUUUCGUUGGUUUUCCCAGUUCCGGUCGCCAUCUUCACGGACAUGGUUUAUGACGAAUAUGAGAAUACUUCCGGUAUAUGUCUAGAGGUCUGGCCACGAGAUGAUUUCAGACAAGCAUUUAGCACCGCUCUCCUCAUUGCCACAUACGUUAUCCCUCUUCUGGUAUUAACCUUGACAUACGGACAUAUCAUUCUUAUUUUAGAUGUCAGACCACCUGGCGAGGAAUAUGAACAACUGAUGAGAAGACGUCGUGCUGUUAAAAGAAAGACAAUUAGAGUGUUUCUUCUUGCAUUCUUUGCUUAUGCUAUUUGCUGGCUCCCAAUCCACGCAAUCACGAUAGCUGGCGAUAUCAGCCCACAAAUAUACGACAGCAAGCUGGUGCACAUUCUCUGGCUGUUCGCUCAAUGCCUUGCCGUCAGCAAUUCCGCGAUCAGUCCUAUUAUUGUGCUUACUGCCGAAAGAAAAUUGCCAGCAAAAAUCAAGAGACAAGUUUGUUCACUAAACUCAGAUCGUAAAGGAAGUAUACCGGUGCGCAAAGCCUCGUUCAUGAUGUUAAUGUCAAGAAUAACCAAACGUAGAAGCACACAGGAGACAAGCGUAUAAGGAUCUAUCAGCACCAGCCGUGUAAAUGAGACCAUUUGAACAGUGCCCCAUAUCAAAUCUGCCUUGUGUUCGAUUUUUAGUCUUA